UUAGGCUUGAACUUUUAAAAAGAAGGCAAACGACUCACUUUGCAGGGGCUCUUUCUAAACUGAGAAGAGAAGGAAAGGGAAGAAAGGUGGGGGGAAAAAGAAUGAAUUCAAUCAAAUCGCCUGCAUCCCACCACACAGAGAAAAGAUGCUUCAAAAACUCCCAAGUGCUCUCCUGGACUAUGGCUGGGGCCUCCAUCCUGUUUCUCAGUGUCUGUUUCAUCACCAGAUGUGUCGUGACAUAUCGCAGUUUUCAAAUUUAUGGACAGAAGAAGUUACAGCCACAUGAAACUAUCAAGGAGCUUUCCUGCUACAGUGAAGCACCAGGUUCAGUCAAGAAUUGCUGUCCUUUGAACUGGAAACAUUUUCAAUCUAGUUGUUACUUUUUCUCUACGACAACCUUGAGCUGGUCAUCAAGUUUAAAGAAUUGCUCAGACAUGGGGGCUCACCUGGUGGUUAUUAACACACAGGAAGAGCAGGAAUUCCUUUUUCGCACAAAACCUAAAAGGAAAGAGUUUUAUAUUGGACUAACAGACCAGGUGGUGGAGGGUCAGUGGCGAUGGGUGGAUGAUACACCUUUCACAGAGUCCCUGAGCUUCUGGGAUGCUGGGGAGCCCAACAAUAUAGUUUUAGUGGAGGACUGUGCCACCAUAAGGGACUCUUCAAACUCCAGAAAGAACUGGAAUGAUAUACCCUGUUUCUACAGUAUGCCUUGGAUUUGUGAGAUGCCAGAAAUAAGUCCUUUGUGCUAAGUGCAAAGGAAUAUAAAAGGACAUGGUUUACAUGCAUGAGGAAGAAGAAGAGUGAAUGUAACAACAUCCAAAAUCCAACACGAGAAAAUGUCCAUCAGGCAUCAGAAGGGCUGCACAUGUAUGUGUUACCCUGAUAUAAGUAAAAUGACUUGUUACCAUUGCUAAAAAGCCACGAUACUGUUUGAUUUCUCACCAUAACCUGCAAGUACUCUGUUCAGACCGUACAAAGCAAUUCUCUAUUGCAGCAAAAGAAAAGGAACUCUCCUUUUCAUAUCUGUCUUGGUCAUGAGAAUUGAUAUUAAGGGACAGGUAGAGAGCAUGUACCCAGUCCAGCAAAGAAGUUGUCUGUAGAAGGAGACUUUGAAUGCUCGUCAUCCUCUUCUUUCUGUAUCCUUGGUUCUAAUUUAUCUCUUCAUGCCAUGGAUGCAUAUAACACUUCUGUGUUCUCCAACAGUGAGGAAGAUGCAUCUUUGAGUCUUGAAACUUACCUGCUGCUUGGGAGAAAGGGAUGGCCUUCAGCGCAUCUCCAUAUGGAAAGGCCAGUCAAACUUCACCUCCUAACAGACUGUGGUCUAGUCCACUCUUCCUGGACCCCUAUUUUCUCUGUGUUCUCUUCUAUCAACUGGAUUUCACCUAUAUUUGUACUUACUGCUCAAGUAGAACCAGAGUUCAAAGUGAAAUUAUCCUUUAAAAAUUCAGGUUCACAUUUUUCUGUCUCAGGGCUUUACAUUUAUUGCAUGAUAUUCGGUCAGUAUAGACCAUGUUUCUUUCAGAAACCUUCAGCAGCAUUCACACAUUGUAAUAAACAUGUAUCCUUGAGUAGGGAAAUUAAACUAAAUAAAUUAAUUCAAUAUUUUAGCAUUCUUGACAGGCAUUUCCAUUAAACAUUUUAACAAUCUGAUUUUGAAACUGAUAGCCUUCUUUUAAACACAAAGAAAUAUUACAACCAUACAUUUGACUUUUCUUUUUUUAAAAUUAUUUUUGUUUGAAAAUGUCAUGCAUUUAUAUAAUUCACUUUUAAUGAACCCAUUCUUACUUUCCUCACUACAACCUGCUCCUAACUGCCUCAUUGCUUUUCCAUCCCAAUUUCAUGUGCUGCUUUUUGUUUUAAACCUGCUGUGUCCACUCAGUGCUUCCUGAAUGCACUUGGGUAUAAGGCUUUCUAUGGAACAUAGACAGCCUCUCGGCAACCACAUCCCACACUCUGCCUGCUCCACACCCGACAAUUGCCAACUGACAGUCCUCAGCUGGGGAUGGAAUGUCAUGAGCUCUAUGCCAUUCACGCUGGAAUUUGUUUUGUUGUUGUUGCCUUUAUUAUAUUAAGAUAUGUCCCCUGUGUCCGUAGAAUCUCUAGGAGUUUCAUCAUAAAAGACUCUGGAUUCCAUCAAAGGGCGUACAAAGAAACCACAAAGACCAUGUGGUUUCUGUCUUUAGGUUAAUUUAUGUGGUUGACUACAUUCAUUGAUUUGUAUAUAUUGUGACAUCCCUCUAUCUCAAAGAUGAAGUUGAUGUGAUCAUGAUAGAGAACCUUUUGGGUGUUUCCACUUUUCCAUUGCUGUGAUGAAACAUGAGCCAAAACUAGCUUGGGCAGGGAAAAGUUUAAUUUAUCUUAACAUAAAUUUCCUAGUCAGAAAAUUGGAGAUGAGGGAGUCAUCUAAUUGAAACUUUAAAAAUGUAGUGUUUUGUACAUGAGGUUAUAGAAAAACAAAUUUAGUCACAAAAUGGACUAAUAAACCAUUCAUAUUCUCAAUGACAUAUUCCUCAGUAAAGACACCAUUAGAAUUUAAAUACAACAUUC